UGACAUCUAUAACUUUGGUUCAACGAUUGAAGCAGGGAAAACGCAUGCGCAUUUCCCAGGUUUAUAUAAACAUGAGCCCGAAAAUAUUUUGUAUUUGUGAGGACGCCGCUCUGACUACACGAAAAGAACACCGCUGCCAGCUAGGGACACUUGGAUAAUCUGCAACUAAGCAUGGAAAAACAAAUCAAAUUUUACUGCAAGGAAAUCUUUUUUCUGUUUGUCAUCGUUUGCUUCGUCAAAGCUGAUACUGAUUGUAGCACAAAAAUAAAGCCUAUUCAAAUUCGUAAAUGUCCAGACGGUUUAAGGGAUGACGGUACAAGCUGCUGGAAAGACACUUACCCUCGAGGAGCUGGGCGUAUUCCUGACAAACUACCAUGCCAAAAAGGUGAACGCGACGAUGGAACAAGCUGUUGGCUUGAUUCAUACGGAAGAGGAGUGGGUCGUCCGACUGACAAAGCUCCAUGUGGAGCUGGACUCAGAGACGAUGGGACAAGUUGUUGGAGUGAUGCUCAUAUAUAUGGGAAAGGAUGUUGCUGUACUCUUUGGGGGUGUUGCAACAAAUGCAAAAGUGGAUAUCGUGACGACGGAUGUACGUGUAGAAAGCUCGAUGUAGGAAUAAAGACCACUUUGUUUCAUAGACUAAGCUGUAAAGCAACAGAAGAUAAAUACGGCGUUCGCUGCUACCCAAGAUGUAAAAGUGGUUUCUCUCCUGUUGGUUGUUGUAUUUGUCAACCACAUGGUGGACCAAGAAUAGUUCUAAGUCUUGCAUCACGCCAUAGGUGCCGCGAAAAGGAAGAUUUGCAUGGUGCCCUGUGCUACCCGAAAUGUAAAGAAGGAUAUAAGUCGGUAGGAUGUUGUUUGUGUGAACCAAUGGAAGGACCAGGGAUCAAGAUAACAAAUCCAGAACGCCAGUUUUGUGAAGGCAACGAUCUGAAGUUCAAUGGUAUUUGUAUUGAUACCGAAGGAUGUUCGCCAUCUGAGCUCGCCAAUGCGAUAAAAAAGAAUACAACUAUGUCUGAAGAAAUGCUAGAUCAAUUCAUGGAAGAAUUAGAAGAUGAAUAAAAAAUGACAUGUCACAUAAAACUUCGUCAACUUAUUUUGUCAAUAAAUCGUCUGUGUUCUUGCUUCACUUGAAUAAUGUUUUUUUUUAAAAAAAAUGGUAGAAACAAAAAACUAAUCAUACUAUGAUAUUGAAUUCUAAUACGAUUUAAAAUAAAUGUAUUGCAAUAACCAAAAUUAAAUUUGUUCAAUGGUU